AACGAUGUACAGUACGCAGAAAUUAUACAUACAGCCAUUAUGCUGCUAGCUAUAGAGACUACUAGUCCAUUUCACAAGCCAAGGGGGCUGAGGUGGUGGUUUUGCAUUUAUAUAGAGUAGAUCGCCAAAUUUAACAUGACACACAUUGUUAUUCACGACAUACAUCUGUCUUCUCCGCCCAAAUAAAUCACUCCCCCUUUCUAUUUAUUCAUUCAUUUUCUUAUUUCUUUCUUCACUUCAUUCUCCACCUUCUCACUUCCCAUGGCUCCAACCAUUGAAUCCCAUCAAGAAAGCCACUCACUUGAGGCUGCUCAAGCUGUUUCUGUGCUUGAUAUCAAUGCCCAGAUUGAAGUGCCCUCAAGAUCAAGAGUUACUGUGGUGGGGAGUGGCAAUUGGGGAAGUGUGGCUGCUAAGCUUAUUGCUUCCAACACUUUAAAGCUCGAGUCUUUUCAUGAUGAAGUGAGAAUGUGGGUUUUUGAGGAGGUCUUGCCUUGUGGGCAGAAACUCUCUGAAGUCAUCAACCAAACCAAUGAAAAUGUCAAGUAUCUUCCUGGAAUUAAGCUUGGUAAUAAUGUCAUUGCAGUCCCAGACCUUGAAAAUGCAGUAAGAGAUGCAAACAUGUUAGUAUUUGUGACCCCACAUCAGUUUAUGGAGGGUAUAUGCAAAAGGCUUGUCGGAAAGAUUUGUCAAAAUGCCCAAGCAAUUUCCCUCAUCAAAGGGAUGGAGGUUAAGAAGGAAGGUCCAUGUAUGAUCUCUACCCUUAUCCAGGAACAGCUCGGGAUUAAUUGUUGUGUUCUGAUGGGGGCCAACAUUGCUAAUGAAAUUGCUGUUGAGAAGUUUAGCGAAGCAACAGUUGGGUACAGAGACAAUAAAGAGAUUGCGGAGAAAUGGGUUCAACUAUUCAACACUAAUUACUUCAUGGUCUCAGCUGUUCAAGAUGUGGAAGGAGUUGAACUAUGUGGGACACUGAAAAAUGUUGUGGCCAUUGCAGCAGGUUUUGUGGAUGGCCUUGAGAUGGGAAAUAAUACAAAGGCUGCAAUAAUGAGAAUCGGAUUAAGAGAAAUGAAGGCAUUUUCUAAGCUGCUAUUUUCCUCUGUUAAAGAUAGCACCUUCUUCGAGAGCUGUGGUGUAGCUGAUCUUAUAACAACUUGCCUGGGGGGAAGAAACAGAAAAUGUGCAGAUGCUUUUGCUAGGAAUGGUGGCAAAAGGUCUUUUGAUGAGCUUGAAGCUGAGAUGCUGCAAGGCCAGAAGCUCCAGGGUGUUUCCACGGCAAAAGAGGUCUAUGAGGUUUUAAGCCACAGGGGGUGGUUAGAGUUGUUUCCUCUCUUCACGACGGUCCAUGAGAUCUGCAGUGGACGUCUUCCACCAUCAGCAAUUGUUGAAUACAGCGAGCAUGCACCAAAGUUAUCACUACUGGGAGGCUCUGCUCAGAUAUACUGAGUUCAGCCAAAAUAUUGAACUGAAACGGUGAAUGUUUAGAGAAACCAGAUGCCAGAGAUGAAGCUAGAUUGUAUCUUGGCAGCAGCUUGGACUUUUGAGCCUAGAAUACCUCCUCAUACAUAAUGGUAUCUUCUAUUUGGUUGUUUUUGGUUAAUAGUUUAUCUGUAAUACUGGAUGUAGACUCGAAUCCAAUACUAUGUUCUUGUAUAAUGUUUGAUUAUAAUUAAAAUUUGGUUGAUUUA